CAUGCACGCGCGCCGCUGCCGCUUCAACAUGGAGCUGUACAAGUUGUCGGGGCGCGUCAGCGGCGGCGUGUGCCUCAAGUGUCGGCACUUCACGGCGGGCCGGCACUGCCACUACUGCCGCGAGGGCUACUACCGGGACCCCACCAAGCCCAUCUCGCAUCGCAAGGCCUGCAAAGCGUGCGACUGCCACCCGAUCGGGGCGUCGGGCAAGACGUGCAACCAGACGACGGGACAGUGCCCCUGCAAGGACGGCGUGACCGGCGUCACCUGCAACCGCUGCGCCAAGGGCUACCAACAGAGCCGGUCGCACAUCGCGCCCUGCAUCAAAAUACCGCGAGUGGCCGCCACGCAGAUCUCUACUGGCAGUGAAGAAAGUGGCGGUGGUGCCUCCACCAGCGGAAGAGACCAGUGCGGAAAAUGCCGUGCAGGGACACGGAGGCUCAAUCUGAACAAGUACUGCCGCAGGGACUAUGCUAUUCUAGGGAAAGUGCUGGAGCGUGAGACAGUGGAAGAUUGGGUGAAGUUCUCUCUGAGCAUCCAGUCUGUGUACAAACGUGCAAGGGAGUCACGUCUGCGUAGAGGCAAUACCUAUCUCUGGGUUCACAUGAAAGACCUGGCAUGCAAAUGUCCCAAAGUCAAAACCAACAAGUCCUACUUGAUUCUUGGUAAAGAACGUGAAGGUGACCAACCUGGUCUGACCAUAGGACGGCGCUCUAUUGUCAUAGAAUGGAAAGAUGAAUGGCACAGGCGAAUGAGACGCUUCCAGCAUCGAGCACGCAAAUGUGACUGAAACCUGUAGAGGCAACUCCACAUCUUGUGACAAAGGAUCAUUCACUUACAGAUUCUGCAAUAAUAACAUGUGACAGAAAUAACACUACAGCAUAUUCUUAGCAGCUGCUGUGUGUUUUUCUGCUCAUGCAUGGCCAUAUUGCUUUUUACAUUACAAGAUUUUAAGAAAGGUAUCGUGAGUAAGGUGCUACCUAUUUUUGGUUACCAACUGCUGAAUCCCAGAAUUCUCAUAAUUACGUUUUUAUGUAACAGAGGUACAAGAAGUCAGUAUUAGACUGUCAUAUAUAUAAACAGUAACAUAUCAAACUGAAUGGUAAGUCAGCAUAAGAAGCAAAACUAAUAACAUAUUCUCAAAAAUCAGGCUAUUCAUAGUAAAAAAGGUUUCCUCUGGUAACACCAGUGAAAAUAUAUGUUAAGCUAGUAGUUCAAAAUGUAUCAUUCACCGGAUUCUUAAGUCCAAAUCUAAUAAGCUAAUGACAUAUCUCAGAUCUGCGAGUGAAAUCCUGCAAGUGCAACAAGUGUUAGUGGAAGAAGAAAGUUACCAGAAUCUUGUGAGAAUUGUAGACUGCAGGAAUAAAGCAGAAAAGAAAGUGGGGAGUGUGGCAAGUUCAUGAUUGUACAGAAAAGUAUUAGCCAAACCACGAUAAUGGUGGCAUUAUUUAAUUGAAUGUCUUUUGCAUUAGUAACUGUAUAUUAAGAACAAAUUUACAAUAUUAGAACUUUUCAUAUUAGAUAAUUUUUAUUAAUUUAUUAUUAAAUGAAUUUCCUUUGUUAAAGCCCAUAAUAUAAUGAGCAAGAUCUGUAUAAGAUGCAAUUAGUGUUUAGACAAAGUGAGAAGUGAUUUACUGCUUGUAGCUGCAAAUCUGCAGAUGUUUCAGAAAUUCAUGUUUAAUUCUUUUUGAAAUAAACAAAGAACAGUGAGAAUAGUUGCUUUAUUGUGGGAAGAGAAAACCUGUUAUGUUUCACUCUGAAAUACAUACAGGGAAGUCAUAAACGGCAAAGUAAGGAAAAAAAAACUGCUUUCUACAUGAGUGACUUGUUGAGUCUUAAACAGAAUGCCAUCCAAAAACCAUAAAAGAAACAAACAAGCUGAUAGUUAUGAGUACUACAUUAAUUUCUAGAAUUCUAUUUGAUCAUCUGUAUUAUUUUUGUGAUUAUCUCCUUGACUGUUGUUGCAAUGGAUUUGGCAUGUGCUCAGGACUGUGUGUAAAGGGCAGUUGCCCUUGUCCUACGAACUGCUAAAUCAGUACUAUAAUCAACUGUAUCAGAAUUUGUUUGUAUAGUCUCAGUGUCCAAUUUAACAAAAUUUUAAAAAUAAUCAUUACUUAAUGUAUCAGAGUUUGUGGACAAAUUCCAGUCUUUAGACAAGGUUUUCAUUUUCUAGUAUACUGUUUAAGUUUUAUGACUUUAUUAGAAAGUCCACUUGAUCUUUGUGGUUUAAGAAAGAACUUGUAAUUAAGGCAAACACAUUUGAGAGAGCUUUUAGCUACAUUGUAAUUUGAUCACCCUUUCUUUUGCAAUUAAAUUAGAAAAUUUACUUUUGGGAAAAUAUAGGUUCAUUCAACUUGUUUAUUGCAAUUUCUUUUGCCUUUAAGCAAUCUGACUGAACAGCCACAUUAGAUUUACAUUUGUCUAGCUUGUGUUCAAUGUUCAUAUCUGACAAGAACUAUGGAGCAAAAGCUACUUGAAAUGAACUUCACUAACUGAAACCCAGUUGUCAGUUUUGCACAGGUUUGAUAAAGUGAAGUCUGCCAAUGCACUUAGUUCAUAGACCAAUGAUUUUUGACUAUUAUUUAAAUAAAAAUAUUUAUAUCAUAUUUGUAAUUUUACACAAACUUUUUUAUGUGCUAGCACAACUUGUACAGUAUUAAUGUAAAGCUAUCAUGUGCCAUAACACAGUGUUGUAGGUAUGUGUCAGUAAGUUCCUAAAAUUGUGUUGCUAUAACUAAGUACUUUUGUGCACUUCAUCUUAAAAUCUGAAUUGCAGAAUUUUUUGUGUUCUGGUAUCAAGAAAGUUUCACUGAUGGAUACACAUGAAUGCGGGUCAAAAAUCGGUAGAACAUGUAUAUCAAACUGUUUCAAACAUUUAAAUUCCAUUAGUCUGGUUCACAGACCAGGGGCAUCACACAGUAUUGUCUGUCACCAUAUCUCAUACUCGCAUUCACAGUCUGAUUGGUCAAUAACUGCACAAUUAAAUAAAUUUAAAAUGAAUCCUGAGUAGAACACAAGCAAUGGAAUGAGUGAAUACAAGUGUGUGUGUGUGUGUGUGUGUGUGUGUGUGUGUGUGUGUGUGUGCACGCGCACACACACUUCUUUGAGACAGUGAGUGACUGGUUCCCUUAACUCAUUCCAUUGUUUAAAAUAUUAUCUGAAGUACUUAAAUGCAUCAUUGUUGGAACACAAUGAAUUAAUAAAUUAAUAACUGAAAGCCAGCAUUCACUAUAACAUUGCACUGUUUCUUAUGGAAAGGCAUAAAUGAACAAAAGUGCUGCAUUUGUUCAUUUUGCACCUCAUAGAAUGUCACAUGAAGAUGCAGGUCUUACAAAAUUACAGGACAUGUUGACAUUGCACACACAUGGUUUUGUGGACAAGAUACUUAAUGUGAGCUAUUUUAAAAAAUGUUUGUCACAUUGUCCAAUAGUUCUUAUGUUCAUUUGCAAUGUAUACUGACAAAGAGAGGUACCCAGUGAUGCGAUCGACUUUUGAAACUAUUUAUACGGUGUUCUAGGUUAAGAUCCCAGGUAUUGCCUACUGCAGUCAUUCACAAUCGUACGCCCUAGUUUGCAAGUAAUUGGCAAAAAAAAAAAAAAACAUCACACCACACAACAGUACGUAAUGCAACUUUUUUAAUGCUGUUGAGAUUAACAUAAAAUUCUGAAUUUCUUUCUUGUCAAUUAAUCACAAGCGAGGGCCCACUAAGUUGAGUAGCUGCAGUAUGUGAUACCUGGGAUCUUAACUGACAUCACCUUAGAGACAGUUUCAAGAAGUUGACCGCUUGUGACCUUUCCUUGUAAGAAAUAGGACACUACUUAUGUGAUUAUUAAUCUGUAUCAACAAAUAAUUGCAAUCACAAAGACACUAAUCUUUGCCAACAGUGUAUUUCAUAUUUCAAUGUCACAUUUGAUCUCAUUUCUUACCUUCCAGGAAGUGUGACUUCUGUUAAGGCAAUUAAACAACAUGGAACACUGGAAUAAGUAAUAAUGUAUGAGGUAUUACACACAAGUGCAGCACGUCACACUCAUUUAGUAUUAAUUGUAUGAGUAUCGUAUUGAAAAAGAAUUUAUAUGGGGCACUUUUUUGUUCUUUGCAUAUUGAGCUACACACAUGUAAUGAAUGAAAAAUAAGGGCUGUGUGACUAGGAGAGUGCUCAUCAAAUAUUAUGCAGUAAAGUCUAUUUCAUUAUUGGAAGCACCUGAAACAUGUUUGUCUCUAAUCUGUCACCUGAUUUGUUAGAAAUCAACCAAACGACAGAAAUUUACAAGAUUUUGUUUAAUUUCAAAGGGCUUCCUUCUCUACAAUCAAACCAAUUACUGUUGGAUCACAACUGCAAUAAAGUACAUUCAGUGUUGAAAAAUCAUUACUACAGCGAAUCAUGCAAAUCUUGCAUUCAUUUCAGGUUAUUAAUAUGUAAUGUCUCCUUGAUAAUUCUAGUAUGUUAUUUUCAGCUGUAGUGAUUAUGUUCAGCGUGACAAUAGUAAAACAUUCUGUAACAUACACAUUUUUGAAGCUUAGGCUAACUUAUUCCACUGUGGCAAGCAACUGAUACACAUUACUAUAAUCACACACAGUACAACAAAUGGCAAGUUUUUUGCCAGUUCACUGGCUUAAUAAACUUUUGGCUCAUUUCAUCACAACAUGAAAUGAGAUUAACCCAUUAAUGACUACAUGCUUUAUGUUAAGUUUCAAACUUCAGUACUGGUAACAUUGAGCAGUGUGUCCAGUAAUUGCUGUAUACAAUUAAUUACUGUUGAUAUUGCACUUGUUGGUUUUAUUUCACUGUGCAACAGCAAUGAAUCCCAUUACAGUUGCUUAUUUUAUGCUCGUGCCAUACGCUGUGCAAUGUUAUGAGAACUACGGUAACAGAAUAAUUUUUUCAAUAAAUUUUUUCUGCCUCUCUCAGGUGUGUGCAUGUGCAUUUGUGUGUGUGUGUGCGUACCUGCAUGUGUGUGUGUGUGUGUUUUGCACCUUUCUUCCAACCGACAUAGCCCCAUGACAUCUCUCUCAUCAUCACCAACAUCUGAAUGUAGUUAUCAAUUUGGAUACCAUGUACUUAGACCACAGGUGCUUAUAAUUGACAGUAAUAGAAUGUACACAUGAAAGUUGUAUCACUAGAAGAUUCUUAAUAGUGGUAAUAAUACUUUUUAAUAAAUUCUAAUUUAUGAGCUCAACUCUGCUGGAGCAAACGAAUUUAAACUGAAGGCUGAUUAAGUUCUGUUAUUUGGCACUAAUUACUGUUGAAUAGCACUCUGUAAGAGGAUACAAAAAAACAAUAUGGUAUGCUUAAUAUAAGAGGAUAUUUGUACUUCAAUUUUGUGCUUCUAACUGGUACAUGUUGUAGCAGUAUAUAGAAUAUAAAUAUGUAUAUUAUGCGUAUACAAAGUGCAUGUUGCUAACAAUAUAAAUGUUAUCAAUUUAAAAACCUGUUUACGUGGAGUAAUUUAAAUACCUCCAAAAUGUUUGUAGUAAAGUAGGUGAAUACAAAAUAAAGUGAAUGCUGUAAAUUUAUGCAUGAUUUCUGUAACUUUGUACCAUAUACUGA